CAAGACCAAUCGUUCCUCAAGAGGAAUGGUUCCUCAAGACGAAUGGUUCCUCAAGACGAAUCGUUCCUCAAGAGGAAUGGUUCCUCAAGACGAAUCGUUCCUCAAGACGAAUCGUUCCUCAAGAGGAAUGGUUCCUCAAGACGAAUGGUUCCUCAAGAAGAAUGGUUCCUCAAGAUGAAUGGUUCCUCAAGACUAAGUUCCUCAAGAUGAAUGGUUCCUCAAGACUAAGUUCCUCAAGACGAAUGGUUCCUCAAGACGAAUGGUUCCUCAAGACGAAUGGUUCCUCAAGACUAAGUUCCUCAAGACGAAUGGUUCCUCAAGAAGCACCACCUGAAGAGUGCUGUGUUUUAUAUGCGAGUUUUGUUUUCGUUUACACACUCGGAUUAAAAUUCAAGUAUGAAGUAGAUUCUUGGGUUCUCGAACGGUUCUUCCAGGGAUCAUUCGAUAAUUAAGAGUUCUUAUCUUCAGAAAGUUUAUUAAUAAGAAGAAAGAAGAACACUUCUAUAAGAAGAACACUUUUUUUGGAAGUGAAGAACCCUUAAUUAUCAAACGAACCCCUGAAGAACCAUUUUUUUUGUGAGUGAGCUUGUAUAGACUACACUCUUCCUCCAUUUAGAACCCUUAAGGGUUCUUCAUCAGAAAGUAGAACCCCUUUAAGGAACUGGAGAACCCUUAGUUGCUCAGUGAACUCUUUUAACAAGUGCACAGCACCUGAUCUUAAUCACCCGACAAGUUCGAAAAGUUUUUAAAAAGAAAAUAAUGAACCAAGGGUUCCUGCAAAUCUGAACGAGCUGUUGCUAUAGAAACGAGAACGAUUAGGUGUUAGAACGAGCGCAUUAAUAUCACGACUCAGCACCUUCUGGACUGAUCAGAAUCCCAGGACACAUCUCUGAGGGGUUCUUCUUCUUCUCCUCCUAGAAUCCGUGAGGAUUGUGGGGGGUUUUUUUCUCCCCCCCCUCUCUAAAAGUAUUGGCACCCCAUUGCUGUUUCCUGUCCUCAGGUUCAAUGUUCUCACGCUGGAGCUCCAUCAAACAUCUACACAUUUGUCUGAGGGGUUUUUUUUUUUGGGGGGGGGCGGGCGGGGUAUAACCUAAUAUAUAAUCUGGAAAGUUUUUUUUCGAUCAGACCAGAUCCAUACGCUUGUUUCCAGAUGAAUACGAAUUUCCCUGUGAUGAAAUAUUCAUGAGUAACGUGCAGCCAUUUUGUUCUCCGUGUCAACAAACAUUGUCUCGUGUCAUUAUUCAUUCCCAUUGUCAGAGUUUGGUGAUGACCUCCCUGUUUUCUCCUGCUUUUCUUCUCUCAGUGUCAGUGACAAGCUGUUGCCUGGUCCCUCUGCGCCACUCUCUCUCCCUCUCUCUCUCCUCUCUCUCUCUUCUCUCUCUCUCUCUCUCUCUCUCUCUUCUCUCUCUCUCUCUCUCUCUCUCUCCUCACUCUCUCUCUCUCUCUCUCUCUCUCUCUCCUCUCCACCUGUUGAUGCCAUUGUUAUCCCGAUGGCGUUGUGCCUUCCCUCUCUUCGUGCACGCCUCUUUCUCUCCUCGCCGAGGGUAUAUAAAGAGAGAGCUUCAUGCACACCUCACUUCACUACACACACACACACACACACUUCAGCAGAGAUGUCCGUCUCUCUCUGGUGCGAGGAGGAAUCGGUGAGAUCUGGGACGUCGGUCCGAGCGUCCUUCGACCCCAACGCGUCCGGGCUCAGGGUCAUCGAGAGGCUCCUGCACUCCGAGGAGAGAUACGUCCCGUCUCCGCUCUACGUCUCCCUCGUUCAGAGAGAACCCAAACGCAGGGAGGAACUCGCCAAGUGGACGCUGGAGGUGUGUUGUGAUUGCGGCUGUGACGAGGCCGUGUUUCCUCUCGCCGUCUCUCUCCUGGACCGCUACCUGGCGUCCACUCUGUCUCUACCCGUCUCUCCGACCUGUCUCGCCGCCGCCUGUGUCCUCGUGGCGUCCAAACUGACGGAGAGCGAGACGGUCACGGCGCAUGCGCUGUGCGCUUCCGCCGAGUACGAGUUCCUCUCGUCCGACCUGCGCGAAAUGGAGCGCGUGGUGUUGGGAACGCUGCGCUGGGACGUGGCCGGCGUCACCCCUCAGGACUUCAUCCCUCACUUCCUGUCGUGUUUGGAGGAGCUGAUGGGGGACAGCGAGGACUCCGCUGACUUCGUCUCCACGCUCAGACGCCACGGGGACACACUGUCCGCCAUGUGCGUGUGCGACUCUCGCUUCCUGGGAACUCGUCCGUCCCUGGUGGCCGCCGCCGCCCUCAACUCCGCUCUCCGGGGUCUGGAGGCCAAGAGGAGGCGGGAGACAAGUCACAUGACCUGCACGCUGGCUACGCUGUGUCGCAGUGACCCGGCCGUGCUGCAGUGCUACAGCGAGCUGAUCGAGGACGCUCUCAGGGAACGACUGAGGAACAGCCGAGAGCAGGAGGAGGACGAGAAGAACGGAAGGAUGGAGGACGAGCGGUCGAGCACACCGACUGACCUGAGAGAAAUAGACUUUUAAAACGAAACAAAAUCACAAGGCGCACAUCCGCAGUCUUCCUCAUCAGCCAUCCUCAGUAAAACUGAUGUAAACUUCUAAAUGCUGCCGGAAAAUGUUUUUGUUUCUGUAAUGAUUUUAUUUAUUUAAUUUAAUAAUUAUUCUUAUUUAUGUCUUUAUUCAUUCGAGGUGAAUUCACGUUUGUUGAAUUUGUUUUGUACCGUGUGCAAUUUCUCUCACAUGAAUAUCUACCUAAUCUUAUAGGCUAUGUACCAUUAAUUUAUUCAUUAUUUUUAUUCAUUAUUUAUUGUGUGGUAUUGUUUUAAUUUAUUCCGCAAUUUUUUGUUAUGCUGUACGACAAAGUGUUUGAUGAAAUUAAAAUAUAUUUUUUAAAAGUAAUGAAAAUAAUAUUUAAUAAACAUUCUGCUGUUGUUCUUGGUUCUCUGAGUGAAGCAGUUUUACAUUUUAGCUUUAA